GUGUGUGUGUACGGGGUUUUAAGAUCCACACCGCGAGAGAGCGAGCGAAAGAGAGAGAGGGGAAUAAUAAAAAAAAGUAUAAAAAUAAAAAAAAACUGUAUAUACCGGUGAGUGUGUAUUUUUAUCUCUGUCUUUCUUUCUAUCGUGUCUUGUUGGUUGGUGGAACAAAUCGUGUGUCAGACUCGUGGCAGAGGGGUCAGUGCGAGGGAAAGAACCCAACGAAACACGUUAACUGGGAUUGUCGGAAGGAUACAUCGUCGUUAUUGAGAUAAAUAACAAGGAGCAAGGAUGAACGAUAUGGAGGGGUAUGGUGAUGGAUACAUGGAGCCAGAAGAAGAGUGGGAAAGAGAAGGACUACUUGAUCCUGCUUGGGAAAAACAACAAAAAAAAACAUUCACAGCAUGGUGUAAUUCACAUCUUAGAAAAGCUGGUACUGCUAUUGAAUCAAUUGAAGAUGAUUUUAGGAAUGGUCUUAAACUUAUGCUUCUACUUGAAGUUAUAUCAGGUGAAACUCUACCAAGGCCAGAUCGUGGAAAGAUGCGUUUUCAUAAAAUAGCAAAUGUUAAUAAAGCACUUGAUUAUAUUGCAAGUAAAGGUGUUAAACUUGUAUCAAUUGGUGCUGAAGAAAUUGUUGAUGGAAAUUUAAAGAUGACAUUGGGUAUGAUAUGGACAAUUAUUCUUCGUUUUGCAAUUCAAGAUAUAUCAGUUGAAGAAAUGACUGCUAAAGAGGGUCUUUUACUUUGGUGUCAACGUAAAACAGCACCAUAUAAAAAUGUUAAUGUACAAAACUUUCAUCUAUCAUUCAAAGAUGGUCUUGCUUUUUGUGCACUUAUUCAUCGUCAUCGUCCUGAUCUCAUUGAUUAUAAUAAACUUAGCAAGGAUAAUCCAUUGGAAAAUCUUAAUACUGCUUUUGAUGUUGCUGAAAAAUAUCUUGACAUCCCACGGAUGUUGGAUCCUGAUGAUUUGAUCAACACUCCCAAGCCGGAUGAAAGGGCCAUUAUGACUUACGUGUCCUGUUACUAUCAUGCCUUCCAGGGUGCACAACAGGCUGAAACAGCAGCAAAUAGAAUUUGCAAAGUUCUCAAGGUUAAUCAAGAAAAUGAACGUUUAAUGGAAGAAUAUGAAAGACUUGCAAGUGAUUUACUUGAAUGGAUUAGACGUACAAUGCCAUGGCUUGCAAGUAGACAAACAGAUAAUUCACUUGCUGGUUGUCAAAAAAAAUUAGAAGAAUAUAGAACAUAUCGUCGUAAACAUAAACCACCACGUGUUGAACAAAAAGCUAAAUUGGAAACAAAUUUUAAUACAUUACAAACAAAAUUGAGAUUAAGUAAUCGUCCAGCAUAUAUGCCAACUGAAGGAAAAAUGGUAUCAGAUAUUAAUAAAGCAUGGAAAGGUUUAGAACUUGGUGAAAAAGCAUUUGAAGAAUGGUUAUUAUCAGAAAUGAUGCGUCUUGAACGUCUUGAACAUUUAGCACAGAAAUUUAAACAUAAAGCUGAUGCACAUGAAGAUUGGACUUCUGGUAAAGAAGAAAUGUUAACAUCACAACAUUUUAGACAAUGUAAAUUAAAUGAAUUAAAAGCAUUAAAAAAAAAACAUGAAGCAUUUGAAUCUGAUCUUGCUGCUCAUCAAGAUCGUGUUGAACAAAUUGCUGCAAUUGCUCAAGAAUUAAAUACACUUGAGUAUCAUGAUAGUGCAUCAGUUAAUUCAAGAUGUCAACGUAUUUGUGAUCAAUGGGAUCGUCUUGGUACAUUAACACAACGUCGUCGUCAAGCACUUGAUGAAGCUGAACGUAUACUUGAAAAAAUUGAUAUUUUACAUUUGGAAUUUGCUAAACGUGCUGCACCAUUUAAUAAUUGGCUUGAUGGUACACGUGAAGAUCUUGUUGAUAUGUUUAUUGUUCAUACAAUGGAAGAAAUUCAAGGUCUUAUGGAUGCACAUGCUGCAUUUAAAGCAACACUUGGUGAAGCUGAUAAAGAAUAUAAUUCAAUUGUUGGUCUUGUACGUGAAGUUGAAUCAAUUGUUAAACAAUUUCAAAUACCUGGUGGUCUUGAAAAUCCAUAUACAACAUUAACUGGUUUGGAUUUAACUAAAAAAUGGAGUGAUGUUAGACAAUUAGUACCACAACGUGAUGGUACAUUACAAGCUGAAUUACGUAAACAACAAAAUAAUGAAUUAUUAAGACGACAAUUUGCUGAAAAAGCUAAUGCUGUUGGUCCAUGGAUUGAACGUCAACUUGAUGCUGUAACAGCUAUUGGUAUGGGUCUACAAGGUACACUUGAAGAUCAAUUACAUCGUCUUAAAGAAUAUGAACAAGCUGUUUAUCAAUAUAAAGCACAUCUUGAAGAACUUGAAAAAAUACAUCAAGCUGUACAAGAAGGAAUGAUAUUUGAAAAUCGUUAUACACAAUAUACAAUGGAAACAUUACGUGUUGGUUGGGAACAAUUAUUAACAUCAAUUAAUCGUAAUAUUAAUGAAACUGAAAAUCAAAUAUUAACACGUGAUUCAAAGGGUAUAACACAAGAACAACUCAAUGAAUUCCGUAGCAGUUUUAAUCAUUUUGAUAAAAAUCGUACUGGUAGAUUAGCACCAGAUGAAUUUAAAUCAUGUCUUGUAUCAUUGGGUUAUUCAAUUGGUAAAGAUAGACAAGGUGAUAUUGAUUUUCAACGUAUACUUGCUAUUGUUGAUCCAAAUAGUUCUGGUUAUGUACAAUUUGAUGCUUUCCUUGAUUUUAUGACACGUGAAUCAACAGAUACUGAUACUGCUGAACAAGUUAUUGAUAGUUUCCGUAUUCUUGCUGGUGAUAAGCCAUAUAUUAUUGCUGAUGAAUUGAGACGAGAAUUACCACCAGAUCAAGCUGAAUAUUGUAUUCAAAGAAUGCCACCAUAUAAAGGACCAAAUUGUCCACCUGGUGCACUUGACUAUCGUUCAUUCUCAACAGCUCUUUAUGGAGAAUCUGAUCUUUAAAUUAUAUAUAUAAAUAUUUAUUAUAUUUUGAAUAAUCAUUAAAUUAUCACUGACAUAUUCAUUGACAUAUUCACGACACAUGACUUAUACAAACGACGAAAUUCAAUAUUAAUUCGCUCAUACAGCGUACCUGUUAUCGAAAAAAAAAAAGUAAAACAAAUUUACAACACAUAAUAAAUAUACAACGAAAAAUAUUUCAAUAUAUUUGUCGAAUCAACAUGACAAUAACAAAAAAACAACAAUGAUUAACGUAAAAUUAAUAUACGUAAUAUUUUUUAGUCAAAAAUAUCCGUGAGGUGCAGUAAUAACGAAUUUGCCAUAUCUCGAGCCAAAUAUUUUUUUCAUUGGCUGAACUUAAAUAAAUUCAGUGUCUUUUAUACAAAAAAAAAAAAAAUAAUUAAAUUCAAAAUUUAUCAAUAAUAUA